ACUGCUUCCUUGUUACUCAAAAUACUAUAUUUUAAUUAUUUUAUUAUAAUAUUAUUAUAUAUUUAAAUAAAAAAUCUGUAAAAAAAAAUUGGCCAAUCAUAAACAGCUAUAUCUUAAAGAACCGAUGCUUCAGAUGCUUAGUGGAGAAGCGUUUCUCUCUCUUUGAUUUACUUUAUCAUUAUUAUUUAAUUUUUAAGUGAGAGUAUCCUUGAGAGUAACUACUAGUAAUUAUGCUCUUACUACCCAGUUAAAAACACUAAACGUAACAAAGAAAAAAGCUUUAAUUGGAAACAUUUGUUUUGUGAUAUUGAUCAUGGCAAAGUUAUCAUGUUCGUAUUUCCUUGUACUCAUGCUUGUGUUCUCAGCAUCUUUAAUGGUUGAAAGAGCUGAGGGGAAGCGAUGUCAUUUGACGAUUGACAAAGAAACUCCAUGUAAUAUUGUCGAUUGCCGUUUAAGCUGCUAUAGUGGCUACAAUGGAGUUGGAAAGUGUUUUGACGAUCGUCAAGUAAAAGGACCUUCUAAUUGUGGUUGUCUCUACAAUUGUUAGAGCUACAGUUUUAUAAAAAGCUGUGCCUGUCGUCAUAUAAUAAAUAUUCGAUUUCCUUAAUCGAUAUGAAUAAAAACUAGGUCUCUAUCAAGAGACAGAUGUUUGGCCUGCUUUGGUUACUGAAUAAUACUAGUUAUUUCAUAAUUUUU